AUGACAAGCUCCAUCCCGCCAACUAUGCGCGCAUGGUCCUACAAAACUCGCGGCCAACCAGCCGAUGUACUCAACCUCACAACAGACUACACCACGCCCAGCCCAUCAAAUCUCGGCCCCAACGACGUCCUAGUGAAAAUUGAAUAUGCAGCCCUCACUCCCAGCGCAAGCACUCUGAUUUCCGUUCUUCCAAAUUGGAUACAUACACUCCCAGCGGUCCCGGAGCUCAUAUUCUCCGGCACAAUCGCCGCGCUGGGUUCUGAUGUUGCAAAAACACGCCCGGAGCUUACUAAAGGUGCCCCAGCGUUCGGUGGAACAUCUAUCCAGCUUUAUUUGAAAGGGCAUGGUACCUUGGCGGAUUAUUCUCUUUGCCCAGCGGAGCAAGUUGUUGUCAAACCCGAUGAUAUCUCGUUUCGAGAUGCUGCUGCUCUAGCUGGGAAUGGCGUAACAGCUGUCGAGGUACUUAAAACGCUUAAAUUGAAGAAAGGUGAUAAAGUCUUGAUCAAUGGUGGUAGUGGUGCAACGGGGACCAUGCUUGUUCAGUGUGCUAGGGCUAUUGUCGGUGAAAGUGGACGUGUCGUGGCUACUUGCUCGGAUGGGAAUUCCGAGAUGGUGAAGAGAAUAGGUGCCGACGAGACAAUCGACUAUCGGAAACACGACCCCCUGCAUGAAUAUCUUGCAAAAGAGCACAGUGAAACCCGCUUCGAUGCCAUCGCGGACACAGUUGGUUUACAAGAUCUUUAUGCUCACUCCCCCAAAUAUCUUCGUCAGGAAGGCCGAUUCGUCAAUAUUGGAGCUAUGCACGUCCAGUCUGGUCUGCAAGGUCUGUUGGGGUACAUAUGGUCACAGUCCGUCAACUUGCUAUGGCCGACGAUCCUGGGAGGAACACCGCGAUGGUAUAAGAUGGUUACUGCUACGCCGAAUCAGUCUAAUUUGUCUCGCUCGGGAGAGUUGGCGAGAAGGGGGCUUUUGACUCCUGUCAUAGAUUCGGAGUGGGAGAUGGACGAUGUUUUGGAAGUAGGUUCUUCUGUGGUCGUCUUUGUAUAG